AUGACUAUUAAUAAAGCACAAGGUCAAACAAUUACAAAAAUAGGUUUAUAUUUACCUAAGCCUGUUUUUACUCAUGGCCAAUUAUAUGUUGCUUUAUCAAGAGUUCAAUCAAAAGAUAAUAUUAAAGUAUUAGUUAAAGAUGAACAUAUUGAAGGAAAAGAUG